AUGGCCCAAGCAAACGAUACCAUCCCAAUCCUAAUCGUCGGCGGUGGUCCCUCAGGUCUAACCAUGGGAUACAUGCUAUCCCAACUAGGAGUCCCCUCCCUAAUAAUCGAGCGCUACCCAACCCGUCUCGAUGUCCCAAAGGCCCACGCCCUCUCCCCACGAUCCUUAGAACUAUGUCGCCAGUUCGGCCUUGACGUGAACGAGAUCCGGAAAUUAGGCACUAGUCGAGAGGAUGGAUGCUGGGUUAACUUUAUCACCAAUUUGUCUGGGAAGUUGGUGGGUAGGUUGCCGUAUGAGAGGAUGGAUAGGGAGGUUUUGGAUGCGACGCCUGCGAUGAUCCAUAAUGUUACGCAGCCGAUGUAUGAGGAUUAUGUUGCGGAGAGGGUUAGGGGGAGUGGUUUGGUUGAGAUUAGGAAGAAUCAUUCUUUUGUGAAGUUGCAGGAUUUCGGUGACCAUGUCCUCACUACUAUCGAAGAUCGGGACGCGCGGAAAGAGUACACGGUCAAAUCCAGCUAUGUGACUGCGUGUGACGGCGCAAAAAGUCCCGUUCGACAAUUUCUAGGAAUAGGAAGCGAAGGAGAGGAUUCCUACGAGCCCAUGAUGACCAUCCAUAUCAAUGUGGACCUACGGCCAGUGGUCAAGGAUAGAGCAGGGAUGUUGCAUUGGGUGAUGGACCCAGAAGUUUCCGGUUUCAUUAUUGGAUAUGAUUUAUCUGGGAACCAAGUGCUGAUUUGCAACUUUGACGCCGAGAAGCAUCCAGUCGAAUCAUGGAGCGAAGAUAUUUGUAGGAGGAUUGUCAAUGCGGCCAUCGGCACAGAAGUCCCCUACGAUGUGAUCAGCUACCGGCCAUGGGUUAUCAGCCGAAAAGUCGCUAAGCAGUAUCGCAAAGGCCGAGUGUUUCUAGCAGGCGAUGCAGCCCAUUCCUUCCCUCCCACCGGAGGCCUAGGGUUAAACUCCGGCCUCGGCGACGUCCAUAACCUAGUGUACAAACUGUCCGCUGUAUACCGCGGAUUUGCAGCAGACUGUUCGUUGAAUGGCUACGAGUACGAUCGACGACAAGUCGCGGUGGUCAAUUCUCAACAAAGCCUAAAGAAUGGAAAGCAGAUCUUCGGUCUGCUCAAGGCACUGGGAACCACUGAUCCUGAUGUAUCCAAGGCGCGUGAGAAUCUAUACCGGAACAUCGAAGAUCCUGAAACCAUGACGAAGAUUGACGAAGGUAUCGAAGGUCAAAGAGAGCACUUUGAUAACCUUGGUCUUCAUAUCGGAUAUGUGUAUGGAGACAGAGAGAUCCCAAAGAAUGCCUCGGUAUACGAACCCUCUUGUACGCCCGGGGCUCGACUUCCUCAUGCCUGGAUAAUACCUCUUUCUCCGGGACUAAUCAAGCUACCAGCUAUUGACUCUUCAUACAUAACAGAGCUAUCACCGGAAGAAGUGCAGGCUAAGCAAUUCUCAACCCUGGACUUGUGUCCAUUCGACACGUUCACUCUAAUUGCCGAUGAAUCGUCGGCUCCACACUUGGAGAAACGUGUUCAGUACCUGCAACUCUCAGGGCUGCUAUCGUCAUCUCCAAAGAUUCAAGUGGUCGUAGAAGGUCGAGACUUCGGCGUUCAGCCGGGUGUCAGCGGCGAGAAAUGGAUUGAGCUGAUGGGAUUGAGAAAAGGCCAGGCGACGUUAAUUCGUCCAGACCAACAUAUCUUGGCAUGCUUUGGCUUUGAGGAGGGAGCUUCUCAUGUCUUCCAGGCGUUGAGUGAAUAUUUUGAGUGGGAUAGACUGGAGUAA